CAAAUAAUCAGCGACACAUCGACCAUUAAGGACUUAAUCUGGUAUUUAUGGCUUCUUAUCACGAGAAGAUGCAUCUCACCUUUUAUCUGGGGGGUAUUUGAAGGUAUAAAAGUGGUGAGGUAUUAAAAUACCAGGAUCCAUGUCUGAAGUACCUGUUGCCCAUAACCUUCCCACAAUGUUUGGGUUGGUUCCUGACAAAAAUGUCACCUUCUGCAUUGACACCUCAGGUAGUAUGUACGUUGGAUUAGAUGCUGUGAAGGAACAUUUAAUAGAAACACUAUCCAAGAGGGCCACAUUUUUCCAAGGAACGCAGUUCAACUUAAUUGAAUUCAACUCAGAGGUGACACAAUGGGCGGACAAGAUGGUUCAGUGUACACCAGAGACGGUCAGUGUGGCAAAAACCUGGAUCAAAGAUCUGUCACCCAAAACAGGGACAAAUACCCAAGAUGCCCUCUUGACAGCACUGUCUGAUCCCAGCUGUGAUGCAGUUUACCUGGUGACAGAUGGACUGCCAGACCAGUACCCUGAGGACAUCCUGGACCACGUAGGUUAUGCGGGCCAGGGACGGCCUAUUCACUGUAUCUAUCUCGUCACACAGGAAAUCAAUGCUGCAGCAUCAGAAUUCCUGGAAGAUUUGGCCUCAGAGACCUAUGGGUCAUUCCAUGUAGUCACCCUGACAAACCAUGGCUGUGUUGAUAAAGUCACCCCUGUCAUGGCAAUAGACCAUUCCCAGAGGAGGGUGAUCCGGACCGUGAAUGGAACGAUGCAUCCUAACAGCAAGUCAUGCAGUGUCUCUACCACUCUGCAGGUUGACCCAGAGGACACCUUAAAUCUUGCCCAUAAGGUGUGGCUGGCCAAUAACCACUUUUGUAACCCUUGCUGUCACCCACACAGUUUUAUAUAUCCAGGGUUCCCUUACCAUUACUACCCACAGCCAUGGAGUCGAUACCGCCCAGCAAAGGGAUGGCUGAAGGCACAAGAGGAGAUGUUGGAUAAGUUUGACAACUUAGGUUAUUCUCCUUCUGCAGGAGCUCUUCUCAUUGGAAAGAGAGUAUUGGCAAGAAGCAAUACAGAUAGUUAUUUCUAUCUUGCCACAGUUCAGAGUCAGAUCCUGGAAAGUAAGUUUCUGGUAGGAUUUGGCCCAACGAAGCAUGGGAAAUUCAAGGACACCGUGUAUCAGGAAACAUGGGUCUAUGAUAUCAUAUCAUUUGAGGAUGCUAAGCGCCAUGCCAUCGUUCCUGGGGACAAAGUGCUUGCUCCUUGGGAACCUGAAGGGGAAAAGUUCUGCUCAGGGACAGUGAUUACCGGCCAAGAGAAGAGGGAGGCACAAGGUCCAGACGAAGACUAUAAAAUCACAGUGAUAUUUAGCAAUGGUAAAACAGAGGCAGUUCCCCUUGACACUGCUGUUUGGAUACCAAUGCAGGUGUUUGAAAGGUUGGACUUGGAGCUGAAGAUGCCAGCUGAAGCCAGGAAAUCUCUGGAAGCGCAAACCAGUUAUCCUCAGGAGAGCCUGCCAGGUUAUCCAACCUCAGGGCCUCUGGCAAAACCAACUACAUUCACACCAGCCCCAGCCCUAGAGUUCCGCUAUGAACCAGUCAUAAUGCAUGCUGGUUUGUACAGGUACCCAGAUUACACUCCCCUGUAUCCCAUUUUCUAUAAAGAUAGGAAGGAUGAGGUCCCCUGUGCUGUUAAAAGUGAAGAUAUUGAUGCACUGAUCCCAGGGACAAAUUUAACUCAGAAGGAACUGCAGGAAAAGGUAAGUUCCCAGUUGGAGGAGCACCUGGGCAAAUCUGAUUAUACAAAAGGAAGGAACAGUGAGUUUCAGACAGAAAGUGAAAGUGAGAAUAAGGAGAGACUUGUAAAGAGGGGGUGUGAGAUUGAGCGACUGCGAGAGGAGAUCACAACAAGGGAGGCAGAAAUCAAGCGACUUAAUGAUGAGGCUGUGAAAGAAAGGGAGCAGCGAGACAAAGAAGCUGAUAUGGACGGCAUAAAGAAACGCAAAAUUCUGAUGGAUGAAAUAAGAAAGAGAGAGAGGGAGCUGGAGCUACUUAAACUGGAAGAGCAGAAGGACGAUUUGGAACAGCAGUUGGAGCGUCAGCGAGCCAGACGGCUAGAGGAGGACAGAAGAGAGGAAAGCUUAGGGAGAAAAAGGGAAUGCCGAUCCCCAAGUGAGAGGAUGCCUGAUUAUGAGCGCCUGCUACGACGCGAUAGGCGUGGAGAAAACAGCCUGAGGAAGUCUGUGAGUUUCCGGGACGAGUUGGAGGAGAGCACAGACAGAGGAUACGACAGCGGUCACGGGAGUAGCCCAGAACUGUGGGAGAAUGAGGAAAACCUGGGUAGCUUACCACCAGAGUACAGGGUCUUCUACAGGAGGAAUCAGUCAGCCAAGGUGCGCAAACCUCGGCAGAAACCGGGUUGGAAAUACUGGGGGAGUGACCCAACGCCAGAGAUUGGCGCAAAGACCACAGGGCUAAGUAAACCCAGGCCAUUUCGGCAGACAAUGAUGCAAGCGCCUCUGGAGCCAAAGGACCGCAGUGUCAGAAAUUCCCAGCCUGAUGUAAAACACCAGCCAGCUGUAUAUUACCAACAAGCAGUGACAUACCAGCCAGUGACCAAGAUGCCGUCAGAUGUCAGGAGCCAGCCAGAUGCCAGAGGGCAGUCAGGUGUCAGGGUAAAUCCAGAUAUUAGAAGCCAGCCAGUGCGUACACUGGAAUGGACGAGUCCGAAUUUCAGGUAUGUGGAUGUGUUUGCAAAGCACAACUACAACAACUCUGUGGGACAGCUGAUGAAGCCCUCCGCACAGCCCCAACCUCCUGCACAGCCACGCCCUGUGACUUUUGGUGACUCGGAGGUGGGUGUGGCUCUGGGAGUGCGCGAGAGACUGACUCUUGCCCCAGAGGACCUUCGUAGAGAGUACAGGCGAGCUCGAGUGAUUGCCCGAGAGACAGAGUUUACAUAUCGGGUGCGUGAGGAGGAAAAGACAAAGGAAAUGAUGACUGACCAGCACCGUCAAAAAAUCCUCGGUCAGAUUCAGUUUGAAAAAGAUCGUCAGGUUCAGCAGUACCAGACCAUCCAGAGGACAUUUGAGGCCAAACAGAAAAUAAAUCAGGAACUACAAGUCAAGCUGGCUGAGAACACUCACUGUGCUAAUGAGAGAGACCAACGUCGUCUCGCAGCUAAGGUGGCCAAGCGUGAACAGAGAGAACAGGCAUGGGCAGAGAGGGCACAGGAGGUGCAAGAAAAGGUGCAGAGGCAGCAGGAGGUCAAAAUUCAGAGGUCACAGGCCAGAUGGGAUGAAGUUCACAACAAGCUGCAAGAGGCUGACAGAAUGGCUGCUGCACAGGAGCAAAGGAGUCGGGCUGCCAAACUCAACCGUAUACAGCAUUUUCGCAAUCUAGAAGAAAUCAGUCAAAAAAAUAAGGACCUACGAAUUGCGGUAGCCAAUCAGUCAACUGCACUGUUCAACUCACAGGUCUUACCAUAGUUUCAUUAUGAUAUUCUCAUGGAACCGGUACUGACUGUUGACAGUUUGUUAAAUUUGUAUUAGUAAAACUAUGAGGAAUUUUUUCUGCUUCACUGAUCAAGUUCCACAUUUAAAUGACUGUGUUGUUUUAUUGUUUAGUUCCUUAACUAAUUGUUAACUGAAGAUGUUGGUAGAUAAGGAUACCAUACAUUUAUAUUUUAUAUUGAGAAACUUAUUUUAUGGAAAAUGCAAACGACAUCCAUGCGGAAAGAUUAUUUUACAAAAUGUAUUUUCUGAAUAGUUGUGGAGAAAAGAACGGUAUUACAUUGUACAACUUAUGUUGUAACAAACCUGUUAAACAACCAUAUUGUGUAACUUGUAAAUCAGGGUUACAGUUCAUUAUCAGCUGUUUGCUGCAUGUUUUUUGCCACAUUUUAGGAAUCACAGUUUAUUUAUUCGAGAAAACAUAUUUUUCUUCUGAAUAUAUAGUACUGUGCAAAGUGAUGAUUAUAUAGUACUGUGCAAAGUGAUGAUUAUAUAGUACUGUGCAAAGUGAUGAUUAUAUGACAUAGUUUGAUGUCAUUUGUACAUGGCAUAGGAUUUAGUUUUGGUAUGUUAUACAGAUUUAUUCUACAACAUGUUAGUUAUUCAGGAUCUCAGUCAUGCACAUACUUGUGAUACCAAUACAAAGGCACAUGUAGCCUCUGGUUUUCAGAGUAAACAGUGUUUAUGAUGUGUAUAAACCCUUUGUCUGUACAACUUUCCGCAUAUGUUCAGAGUUGGCUUUUGCAUAUACACAUAAUGAUGGAAGUGUUGAAUUUUGUGUUUUAUUCUAUACUACGCAUGCAAAAGAGAAUUUCACUUAGCUUGAAUUAUAAGUUUAAAAAAAAAAAUACAAUAAAUAUUGUAUACAAAAAUGUUGCUGAAUAUUUUAGUGUGCUUAAUUAAAACUGAAAUUUUUGGAGCAUUCAUUCGUCUAAUUAAAUUCUAACAAACUGUUUCUAACAUACAUUUACUGAGACUGAGAUGUUGUGGUCGAAGUGCUGUUAUACAUGUGCAGUUAUUCUAUUUUAGCCAAGAAGAAUCUCCUUUAAAUGCAUUAUAGCCUGAACACAGAUCUCAAACUUAAAUUAGAAAACAGUGGCAAUAAUAGUCAUGCCAUUGGGUGUUAGUAAUACCUAACUAAUGUCAGGCUUAUAGUGUUAUAUUAAUGUACAUAUUUGUUACUUUGAACUGCCAGGGUGUUAUAUAAAAAUUUAUUGAAAGUAGCAGUAAUUAAAUAAUGCUAUUUGAAAAUUUGUUAACCCAUUCCCCAGAUUAAUCUAUAAUUGUUACCAUAUAUUCUGCUGUUAUGGAAUUCUGGAUUUGUGCUUGUUUUGGAUUUGGAUUUUAAAAAAAUAGGUAUUUAAAUGAUUUUUGAUCCUGUUUGUUAUAAUUGUAAGACUGUGAUAAUGGCAGUGUGUUGUAG